GUGGUGUGGAAGAAGGUUUAGGUGAGUCAUUGGUUUGUGGAAGGCAGGAGGGAGGGUGGAGGGGGAGAGAGAGAGAGAGAGAGGGAGAGAGAGAGGGAAGUGUGGGGGGAGGAAUGACGAUUCGUUCGGGAUCUUCUAGAAAGCGCUGGGCUUUUCCCAAGAGCGAAUGUGUUUAUAUAAAGCGCAAGAGCGGGAGGAGAAGGAGUGGGGGCCAUCGGUAGCCACGAAACGGGCGAGUCAGCUGCCGGAGCUCCGGGUGGUGGUGGUGGUGGUGGUGGAGGGGGAACUUGACUGCAUUGCAUUGCGUUGCGUUGCGUCCCCCUUUUUGCAGCAGUGCGGUGAACUUGCGACAUGGGCAAGGACUAUUACAGCACCCUGGGCCUGCGGAGGGAGGGGGUCGCCACGGACGAGGAGAUCAAGAAAGCUUACCGCAAGCAGGCGCUGAAGUGGCACCCCGACAAGAACAAGGCGCCCGGCGCCGCCGACAGGUUCAGGGAGGUGGCCGAAGCCUACGAGGUGCUGAGCGAUCCGAAGAAGAGGGAGAUCUACGAUCAGUUCGGGGAAGAGGGACUGAAAGGCGGAGCCGGCGGUUCCGAAGGACAGGAUGGGACAUUUAGCUACACUUUCCAUGGCGACCCGCACGCCACAUUCGCCGCGUUUUUCGGAGGUGCCAACCCUUUUGAGAUGUUCUUCGGAAGGAGGAUGGCAAACGGCAAUCAUGAAGAAGAUAUGGAUGUGGACGGCGACCCUUUUGGCUCCUUCAGUGGUUUUAACAUGAACAGUUUCCCCAGGGAAAUGCAAGCAGGGCAGCACAGGCGCAAACAGGACCCACCCAUCGUUCGCGAACUUAGAGUAUCUCUGGAAGAGAUUUACAAUGGCUCUACCAAGAGGAUGAAAAUCUCCAGGAAACGGCUCAAUUCCGACGGCAGGACUACCAGGACAGAAGACAAAAUACUGACCAUUCAAAUUAAAAGAGGCUGGAAAGAAGGCACCAAAAUCACAUUCCCCAAAGAAGGCGAUGAAACACCCAACACCAUCCCAGCCGACGUAGUCUUUGUGUUGAAAGACAAGCCACAUUCGCACUUUAAGAGGGAAGGAUCAAAUAUUGUCUCCCGUACAAAGAUCAGCCUACGAGAGGCUUUAUGCGGUUGCUCAAUUGCUGUGCCAACCCUGGAUGGUAGAUCAAUUCCAUUAACAACCCAGGAAGUGAUUAAGCCAUUAAUGAGAAAAAGAAUAGCUGGGAAAGGUUUGCCAUUUCCCAAAAAUCCUGACCAUAGAGGCGACAUAAUUGUGGAAUUUGAAGUCAUUUUCCCAGACAGCAUAUCACCAAGUUCCAAAGAAAUACUAAAGCGACAUUUACCUGUGUCAUAAAUAUUAGAUUGGAUUAAUUAACCAGAAGUUUUUCUGCUGUACAUAAAGAAAUGACUGCUUCACAGUAUUGUUUAAGAAGUGUGUAUUUAGUAUGCAGCGUUUAUUAUUUGGGCACGUUUGAAAGAUUUAUUAAGACAGUGUUUUAUGGUUCUAAGCAGAAGUGAAAGAUGCUGUGUUUUGUGAAACUGUAGAUUUUUUGUACAUGUCAAUGUUUUUAUUUAGAAAACUAUUUUGUAAAUACAAAUGCUGCCUGACAAAAAGUCAGUGCUGAAUAAAGUUUAUAACUGAACAGAGAAUAAAUGGAAAAAAAAGACUGAACCUAUUUUAUCUUAUCUUAUAUUCAAGUGUGACAAUCAAUAUAAGCAUGGAUCUGCUUUCUAUUGUACUGUUUUCAAUAGUUGUAUGGAUUUAUGGUGCACAGAAUAAUUUUUUAUAGUUACUAUAGUGGAAACAGUUUUACAAAAGUUGAUGUUAUAAUGAAAUAUCAGUGUAUGCAUUGCUGGGAUUAGAAUCUCAAAUAUUGCAAUGAUUAAAUCUAUACAUGUUUUUAAAAUCGAGGGGGAACUCGCUCUCUCAAA